GGUUUGCAGAUCACAAUGGAAAUGUCUCGCACAAAACGCCUUUAAGCAAUUUACAUCCCCUUUCCUUAAGGCGGAAUCUGUCGGGUUGUAUUGGCCGGGUGGAGCUGCGGUUCAGCUUGCCGAUGUUUGCUUAGCCAGCUCCAAUUUCAUCACAAGACAGAUUCGUCUUUAUUAUACUCAGUGUCGGUAGUCACGAGUUACACCUCACGAUCUAAGCGGAACAAAGGAAUCCAUAAGAUACAUUACAGCGUGCAGCACCUCAAAAUGCUAACGCUUGAAGAAGCAAGAGCCCGUUUGGAGCUGGCGGGGCAGUCCCACCUUCUGCAGUUUUGGUCUGAGCUAGACCAGGAGGAGAGAAGUCGGUUUCUGGCCGAGUUGUCUCAGUUAGACCCGGAGGAAGUACGCGAUCACUGCCGAGGUGCGGUGGAGGCAGCAAGCGGCCACUCCGGUCCGCAAGAUCGGCUAGACCAACGGAUGGAGCCUGUUCCGCCAGAAUUCAUCGGCAGCGUCAAGAGAAGCGACCAAAGUACUCUGAAUGACUGGGAAAAUGAAGGUUUUCUGCAGAUUUCUCAGAACAAGGUGGCGGUGUUGCUCCUGGCUGGGGGUCAGGGGACUCGUCUCGGCGUGCCGUACCCUAAAGGGAUGUACAACGUGGGUCUACCGAGCGGAAAGACCCUUUACCAGAUUCAGGCCGAGCGCAUUCGGAAAGUUCAGGAGCUGACGGCUAAGAAACGCGGCUGCGAGUGCAUUGUGCCAUGGUAUAUAAUGACCAGUGAAUUUACCCUGGAGCCUACAGAGAAGUUCUUCAAGGAGAACAAUUACUUCAACCUGGAGCCAACAAACAUCAUCAUGUUUGAGCAAAGGAUGAUCCCAGCUGUGUCUUUUGAUGGAAAGGUCAUUCUGGAACAAAAGGGCAAAAUAGCCAUGGCCCCAGAUGGAAAUGGCGGCCUAUAUCGCGCCCUAGCGGACAAUCGCAUCCUAGAGGACAUGGAAAGCAGGGGAGUGCAGUUCUUGCAUGUCUACUGUGUCGACAACAUAUUGGUCAAAAUGGCUGACCCCAUCUUCAUAGGAUUCUGCGUGAGGAAAGGGGCAGACUGCGGUGCAAAGGUGGUGGAGAAGGCGUAUCCCUCGGAGCCGGUGGGCGUGGUUUGCCAGGUAGAUGGGGUGUACCAGGUGGUGGAGUACAGUGAGAUCCUGCCGGAAACAGCCGAGCUCCGCGGACCAGGGGGGCACCUGGUCUAUAGCGCCGGCAAUAUCUGCAACCACUUCUUCACCCUGGACUUCCUGAAGGCCGUGGCACAGAAGUAUCAUGGACAGCUGAAGCAGCAUGUGGCCUUAAAGAAGGUCCCCUUCAUCGACCAGGAGGGCAACCAUGUGAAGCCCACGAAGCCGAACGGGAUCAAGAUGGAGAAGUUUGUCUUUGACGUCUUCCAGUUUUCAAGGAACUUCGUAGCGUUUGAAGUUUUGAGAGAGGAGGAGUUCUCUCCAUUGAAGAACGCAGAUGGGGCACCCCUUGAUACCCCCACGACAGCACGACGCUCCCUGCUGGCACAGCACUACCGCUGGGCUCUGGCUGCAGGGGCGCAAUUUCGGGACAGCCAGGGGGUGACCAUUCCACCCAAACCCCGGAUGGCAUGUGAUGAGGACCCACCUGCAGUGUGUGAGAUUUCUCCACUCGUCUCCUACUUUGGAGAGGGACUGGAACCGCCGCUGAAAGACAAGGCAGUGACGUCACCCAUCAUCCUGGACGAAACGUGGCCCAAAAUUCUCCCACGGCAGUAGCCCCCAGUCUCCCCAGUACCUGCAACGACAGAGCAAUGUUUAAAAUAAGGGAAUUUUGAAAAUGGUGCCUUUUGUAUGAGUGUUAUUUAAUUACAUGUUUUCAACAAUGUAAGAAAGUUUCCAUUUUCUCAGUCUGUAACAGUUUUGGAUUGAUGAUUCUGCAAAAGUGCAUACAUAAAAUGCUUGAGGAUACAGACAUUCAAAUUCCCCUCUCCAAGGACAGCUGUACAUCUAAAAAAUUAAUCAUAAGCAAGAGGUUCACAUAAUUUCAUGUUCCAGGGCUUGCAGUCUUUGGGGGGAAAAGGCUCAUGUUCUAGAGUGAUUGAUUUUCCUGAUCUUGACCAAAACAUUUCAAGUACUGUAUUUUCUGAAAUAAAACGGUGACCAGUUUUUUAUGACUAUACUCAACAUAUAUUUUGAUAAAACUUUUUAUUACAUUCUUUGAUAGAUAUAUCAUUUCUCUUUCAUUGUUUCAGACAGAUUACCGGUAGUUUACAGUACAUGACACUAUACUGUUUUUACCUAUGUGACUUCUUCAAGAGUAAAGGUAUGCUUCUGAAUGAUCAUAGGUUUUGCUGAAAAUUGUCGACAAGUAGUUAUCUGAUACUGGACCAGA